AUGCCCGUCCCCCACUACGGUGUCUGGGCUUGCCGCCCAUUUGACUAUUACGCCGAGGGCCGUGGCCAGCGCACUCCACACAUCUACCUCUACUUCAGAGACGACUCGUCCGGCAAGCGAACUGCUGCCAUCAACGUCAAAUCUAACGGCAAAGAAUCUCGUCUGGUGUACUGGGUUGAUAAGGAUUUCACCCAUCCCGUCACCGACAAGCUCGACAGCCUGGAGCUGGGCUUUCACCUGAUCCAAGAUCCCCCCAAUAAUAAUAACAAUGGGAAUCAGCAUCGCCACCAUACCCACCGUCAUUUCCGAUAUAGCCAUCUUACACCGAGUGACCCCGAUUUGGAGGGGCUUGACUUUUACCGCACAAAAGGCCUCGUGAACAUUCUUGCAGGCGAAGUCCUGAAAUAUGAUAUCGCAGGACCUGACAAUGACAUCUUGGAUAAGCUGGAGCCCAUUCUCCAGGCUGCGAUCGCUGAUGGUGACGCGACCGCCUAUAUCUUUGGCGCGUCGUUUGGAUCUGGUAUUCAUAACAUCCAUAUGAACCAGGGCAGUCUUCCCAAGUAUGACAACGGGAUUUACUCGGAUGGCGGAUUGCUGUUCAGGUUCUCUGACGGCCACUGGGAGGCAGUGUUUCUGGCCUUCGCUUCGCAGAGGCUUCCAACGGGUGAUGAUGGGGAGGCGGAGAGAGGUAGUGAGACCUUGUUGCAGAUUAUUCAGGAGGCGGUGGGGUCAUGA